AGGGAUUAAUAGCAGAGAACCAAAAACAUCAAGAACAAAAGUCUGUCUCUCUCACAAAAUGAGUGAAAUGAAGAAAUAACAACUGAUUGAACAAACAGUGAUAGCUAAUCAAUGCCCCUAACUGAGAGCAAAUUUGCAAUUGGAUCAUUACAAAAAUGAUAUCUAGUAUUUUUGACUCAUUUUCUUCAGCUUCACUUGUCACAGUAUUAACACUUCUUAUAACGAUAGCAUACUACAUCUUCAGAAAUAGAAACAUUCCGCCAGGCCCUAUUGGUUUGCCAUAUUUUGGAUACUGGCCCUUUAUAAAAGAUAAUGAAUGUAAUUUACAACUGUACAGUUUCAAGAAAAAGUACGGAGAUAUUUUCAGUUUUACAUGCACCGGAAGACUAUAUAUCAAUUUAGGGAGUUUGAAAAUUUUGCGCGAAGCAUUCAUAAACAAAUCAGAAUUUUUUGGUGAAAGAGCGGCAGGUUAUAGCAUUAUGAACCAUUUCUUCAAAGAUGGGGUUCUCGCCAUCAAUGGAGAACCAUGGAAAGCAACUCGAAAAUUCUUCUUAGUGCUUCUGAAAGAACGUGGUGCAAAUUCCCUAAAGACCAGCUUAGCUGGUCCUUUGUACGAUUCCAUUAAAUCUACCAUGAAUGAUUUAAAAAUGAGGAACGGAGAACCCAUAAACUUGAUAGAUUUCUUGAUGAAAGAAUGUUGCACAAUCUUGAGAUUGACAUUAUUUGGUGAGACAGGAGUUACUGAGGAACAACUCAGGAAAUUCAAUGAAUUAUACUCCACAGAAAUAACUUGCAUGACUCCAAGAAGUAUACUUCUGAGAGGAACAUUUGCGAAAUAUUUUAUCUUUCCGUUCAUGCCCAAUUUUUCUAUAGCCUUAAAGUGCCAUAAGAAAUUAGAAAAAUUAGUUCAAGAUAUAAUCAAUGAACAUAAAGACACUUACGAUGCUGAAAAUCCUCGAGAUAUUAUCGACGAAUAUUUCAAAGAACGGGACGACAGAAGACGCAGAGGAGAUCCUACAGCAAAUUAUUUUACUGAUAAAGUGUUACUGGGCUCCAUUGCUCAAUUUAUGGGAGAUGGUGCUCUGUUGGUUGCAUCUUUUACCAGUUUGCUAAUGAGUGGUAUGCUGCUCUUCCCUGAAGAGCAGGAUAAGUUGUACAGUGAAAUCAUGGAAGUGAUUGGCUUGGAAAGGCAGCCUACCAUUGAAGAUAAAACUAGAUUAACCUACUUCAAUGCUUAUAUACAGGAAUCUACUAGAAAAACAGAUUGCUUCACAUUUCUUCCUAAUCAAGUAUGCACAAAAGAAACCACUGUUGGAGGAUACAGAAUUCCCAAAGGCGCCAUUUUGAUUCCAAACUUUUAUUCAUGUCACAAUGAUCCUGAAGUGUAUGAAAAACCAGAAAAAUUUGAUCCGUCUAGAUACAUUCCAGUGGAUGGUAAACGAAAGGCUGAUCCACCAAUUCUAUUUGGCGCAGGCAAAAGAACCUGCAUUGGAGAAGGCUUCGUAAUGACUCAGACUUUCUUACUUUUGGCUACUCUUAUACAAAAUUUCCAUCUUUCACUGCAAGAAGGAACGAAGAUUUCAGUUGAAACAUUUUUGACCAGUAAUCUGAUGGUUCGUGCUGAGCCGAGAAAUAAAAAUUGA